CUGCGGUCACAUCGUCAUUCAAGUGCCGUCGUUUGCUCCAACAAUAAAACGCUUUGGAGCCGUGUGUUUUGUAUGUUGUUAUACUAGAAAAAUUGAAAAGCUCGCUCGCAAACCAUGUUAAGACUUGAACGCAUUUUAAUCAAUUAACGCGCCGCCUUAGUAAAUAGAUGGUGGCUUUUAAUUGUAGAGUCACAGUUCAAAGUUGUCAGUGAAAAACCCUACAUACCAUUCAUCAUAUUUAUAUAGGUGCGUGUGUACAUAUGUAUGUGUGUGUGCGCGUAUGCAAGUGCAGCUGCCGUGUGUAAGUAAAUUUUCGCGUGUGUAUGUGCGUACGUGCAUGUUGGAAACACAAUUUUGGCAGCAGAUUCUUCAGCAGCUACAACAUCAGCAUCAUUAGAACACCAAAUUUAAGUGCAUUUUAUACAUGAAUGAUCGCAAAACUUAAAUAGAAUACUGUGUGCAGCGCGCCAGCAGAGAUGACGUAAACGACAACAACAACAGCAACAACAAUAACAACGACAAAGAUAACAACAACAACAACAACAACAACGACGACGACGACGGCAGAAACGAUUCGAAUCGCUUCACUUUCCCCUCUGGCAUCUAAUCUCUGUUUCUCUGUCUCUGCUUCGAGCUGUCUUUUGGCAUUGCUAAGCAAAGCGAAACGAAAACGAAACUGAACUCAUAUUCUAUAUAGAAGUCGGUCGUCUAUAUAGACAUUGCUGUUAGGCAUGAGGCCGUCGGUGUUAUCGCUGGAGUGCAAUCGAGCCGCAACGCUGCCAAUUUUAUUGCUAUGUUUGCUACUGGCGGCGGCUGCGAAUGCCGAACGGGAUUUCAAUGUGAACGACUCACAGGUGCCGGUCAUAGAGCCGAAAGAGGCGCCCGCCUACAAGCAGGAGCCGUAUGUGACGGAACUGAUGCGCUGCCAGCAGGCACAGCCUGAGAUUGUGCUCUCGCUGCUGCUGCGCAAGCAGGACUGGAGCGAGCUGAGCGUGGCCAAGCGCAUGCAUGUCCAGGCCAAGCUGGCCAAGUUCUUUGCCAUACCCAAGGAAUUCAUUACGCUGGAUUCGGUGACGAAGCGGGAGCUGGGCAACAUGCACAAGCUGGCCAUGCGCAAGGGCGGCAAGGGCCUGAAGCAUGUGGACACUGCGAAUCGCCGGCUGGGACGCGCCAGCUUUAUGAUCGGCUGUGGUUCGAGUUACUUUAGCAUGGGCGAGCCCAUAGCCAAGCAGAUUGGACAUCAGAUCAAGGAUGGCACCAUCGGCGCCCUGACGGAGGAGAACUUUGGACUGUGGUUUAUUUGGCGCAAGGAAUUGAAAUCCAGAUCGCGGCGUAAGCGCAGUGAUGCAGAGGGUAGCGGCCUUGAAGAAGACUAUGACUAUGGCGAGGAUGACGAGGAGCAGACGCCUGAACUGGUUACGGUUUUGCCCACAUCGCAUGCACAUCGACAUCACCAUGGCGUGGCAGCGGAUGCUGUGGACGCACUCGAAGCCGCCAGCAACAGCAGCGUGCCCAAUCUGGCCAGCAAUGAGCUGGCAACAGCAGCGACGACACGACAGCCGCAGCAGGAGCCGGUGAGCACCUCGACGGAGGCCUCCACGGACUAUGUGGAGCCGCGGCAGGAGAACACUGUGCCGAUCAUUAAAAUGCGCCUGCAGAAGCUGGCCGUGACGUCCGGCAAGGCGUUCAGUUUUAUUGUGCCCGAGGAAACGUUCUUCGAUGCCGAGGAUCAGACCAAUCUGCGCCUGGAGCUGACCGACAAGGAUGGCCACGAGCUGAAGCCCACAUCCUGGCUGCAGUUCAAUGCGGAUAAACGUGAACUGUACGGCAUUCCACUGGAUGACACCGUGUCGCGUUGGCAGUAUCGUCUCUCGGCUACCGAUUCCGGCAACUCCAGCGUUACGGAAACUGUGGAGAUUAGCGUGCAACAGCAUCGGGCGGUGCGCACCAUCAAUCACGAGAUCAGCAUCGCUGUGCGCAUCAAUGAGAAGCAUGGCAACAACAUUGACUGGCAACUGAAGCUAAUCCGGGCUGUUGCCCACACGCUGGAGGAUGGCGGCAGCUCGGCGCUGGUGGUGCGCGAGGUACGGCAGACUCUGCAGGAGCCGCAGAGCGCUGUUUUUGUGUAUUUCAAUGAGACGCUGCCCACCAGUGAGUGUCCCGAGGCGGAGUUGAAUGAGCUGGUGCGUCGCUUGGAUGAACAGCGUCUGAAUGAUCUGUUGCAGCCAUUGCUGAGCAUCAAGUCGAUAACGGGUCAGCUCAUUGGCACUUGCCAGAAGACAGAGUUGACCAAGAUAAAGCCCACCACUCAUAUGGCCAAGAAUUUGCCGCCAAUGCCGCGCAACCAGGUGGAUCGAGUGAAUGCCUCCGUGGGCCAGCUGCUCGUGUAUAAGGUGCCCAGCGAUACCUUCUACGAUCCCAAUGAUAAUGAGCUGACGCUCUCGCUGAAGACAAAGGACCACAAAGAGCUGGGCACACGCUACUGGCUGCAGUUCGACUCCAAGAAUCAGGAGUUCUAUGGCAUACCAAAGGGCGGCGACUUGGGCUCCGAGGAGUACCUGCUCGUUGCCGAGGACAGCGGCGGCCUCACUGCCAACGAUGCGCUCGUUGUCGUCGUCAACAACAUGCCCAAGAGGGAGUACGCGAUACUCUAUAAGGCAUACCUGGCCAUACGCCACGAGAACUUCAAUGCGGAGCUGCAGCGUAAGUUUGUGGAGCGCAUUGCGAAGCUGCAUGGCGAUGCCAACACCAAUCAGAUUGUUGUGCGCUCGAUUACCACGCACCACGACUCCGACGGCACAAUUGUCAACUUUUACAAUGCCUCACUGUACAAGACGCACAAUCGCUGUCCCGACGCCGAAAUGGCCGCCACGCGCAGCAUCUAUCUGAGCAGCGACAUGAUGCCAAGUGCCAGCGUGAAGAAGGCAUUGGGGCCGGAGCUGAAUCUAACCAACUUUACGGUGGUGCCCUCGGCCGCAUGCCAUCAUUCGGAGAAUAGCGACAUUACCCAGCACGAGUAUAUACCGCCGCGCAACAAGGAGCCGAGUCUGAAGCCCAGCUUCCCACAGGAAUAUCUAGCCACAUUUAUAUUGCCCGCCGUUAUUAUUGUGGUCAUGGUACUGCUGGCCUCCAUCAUAGCCUGUUGCUUGCAUAGACGUCGUCAUAAGAGCGGCAAAAUGGAAUUAGGCGAUGAGGAGGAACGCAAGUCGUUCCGCACCAAGGGCAUACCCGUCAUCUUUCAGGACGAGUUCGAGGAGAAGCCCGAAAUAGGCAAUAAGAGCCCUGUUAUACUUAAGGACGAGAAGCCGCCGCUGUUGCCGCCCUCGUACAAUACCUCCAACAUGAAUGGCGACAACGAUGUGGAUGAGUAUGUGCCACCGCCGGCUGUGGUGCUCGGUGGACGCGAGGUGCGAGGGAAAUCACCGGCAACGCCCUCCUAUCGCAAGCCACCGCCAUAUGUUUCGCCAUAAAUGAGGGAAACGGCAGCAGCAGCAGCAUCAGCAUCAGCAACAAUAAAAGCAGCAACAACAACAAUAAUCACUAUUAAUCAACUCUUAACAAAAAAUAAGGAAAAACUAUAAAAAAAAUCGAUAACAAUUUACAAUCUUAAUCAAAGAAAUCUUUCGCACCCUCAAUGUCAACAGUAUCAAUCAAAAAUUGUUCUAAAUUUGAAUUGAGGUGCAACUCGAGCCCCCCGCCCACAUUAAUGAUAAUAUAUUUAACAUGAAAAACAACGGUAUUAAGUAUGGACACAACUGUAAAACAAUCAAUUAACGAUUUCAAUAUGCGACUCUUGGCUAACAAAUUAAGCUAAAAAAAAAAAAAACUAAAAAAUUUAAUAUUUAAAACAAAAAAUCACUAUGCUGCAUAUAAUUUAUCUAGUAUGUACCUUAACUUAUAUGUAUACUUACACACAGACACACUCAUACACACACACACACACACAUUUUGGUAAACAAGCGAACGAGCUUGAAAAACACAAACCUUUUUUAUAGAAUAGAAUUUAGAAUUUAUUUGUAACUGCGGCCAGCCGCUUUUUAGCCCCUUGCCACAAACCUCGACUCGUUUGUAUGCGCUUCUUAUAAGAAAUAUGUAUGUUCCUUGAGCAGCUAAUUGAAGUUUAAAACGUUCGGCUUGAGCUCCUUCAAGUCGAAUUGUUUCCGACUCUAGCUUAGGCCAGUGCCGUCCGCUCACAUUCGAAUUCUUAACAAAGACUGGCCGCUGCCUGGGGGCCAACUCGAAAUUUCCUUUGGCGUCAACAUCGUCGAGCCAUGUUUUGGUGCUUGCAAUUGUUGAUUGCCUAGUAUUAUGUCAUAUCAUUUAUAUCACUAAUCGGCCACGACCUUUGAGUGGGAAGGGGCACUUAGCUUCACUUGCAUUUAGUUUAUAAGAAGCAAACGUUUUUAUAAUGCUUACUCGAUACAGCUGCCAAUUUGAAUAGUGAAUGAAUGAAUGAAUGUUCACUCGACUCAUUUACAAACAAAACCAAGAAAUCAAAAAAACAAAUAAUAGUACAUGUUCCGAAUUCCUAUAAAGUUGCCCCACAAGUGCUUCCUCCAUACCACCAAAUCAUAUCCAAGAAACGACCAUAAAAGAAACAACAAACAACAAACACACACACACACACACACUCAACACACACUAAUUAUAAUUAUAUCAAAUUAUUACUUAAAGUAGCCCUCCCCGAAUCCCCUUAGUUAUUAAAUGAUUUUAUAAAAUCCCUAUAUGAUUAGAAUAUACACGAUAUUUAUAUAUAUACACAUAUAUAUACUUAAACCUAAUAUUAACUUGAGAAUGAAACAUUUGAAUUGUACUAAAUGAGAAAAAAAAUCCUGCAUAUUGAAACUAUGUAGCGACUAUGUCCAUUGAUUUUAUAGACGAGAUCGUCAACUUUGUAAGUUAGAGCAAUAAUUUCUCUGAAACACAAAAAAAAACUUUAUAAGAAUUUGACAAAAUUACUUAAUUGAACAAAUGAAAUGGGAAGGAAAAUGAAAAUUGAAUGAAAAUGCGACCGCAAUGCGGCGUAAAGCCUAUUAAAUUAAGCAUACAUAUAUAGCAUAUAGCCUAUGUACGUUAAUGUGUACUAAAUUGAGUAAAUUGUAUAAGCUCAUUAAGCCUAAAACAAAUGUUUACACUGUAUUUUGUAACAACAACAACAA